AUGUCAAAACUAAAAACCCAAGCAAACAACGAGUGUCGAACAAAUAAGAUAUCAGCCUUCCAAUCCUUGUCUGCCCUUGUUUGGAGAUCACUAGCUCGAGCACGUUGUUUACUAGAAGAUGAAGAAACAUCUUGUACGAUAUGCAUCGAUGACAGGUGGAGAUUGGAUCCUUCAAUGUCCAGAGACAACUUCGGAUGUUACAUGAACACGCUAGUUGUUAAAACGAAGGUAAGGGAGCUACUUCACAAUAACCUUGGUGCAUCUGCUUUGGCUCUGCAUGAUGCUGUAGCUGGACACACUGACGAAAGCAUUCGGAGGUGGUUUAAUGAUUGGAAGAAAACCCCCAAGAUUUCUCUACUUGGACCGCAGUAUGAUCAGUGCACUAUGCUCGUUGGAGGCUCACCAAGAUUCGACGCUUAUGGAUGUGAUUUUGGUUGGGGAAAGCCCAUGGCCGUUCGUUCCGGGUGGACAUUUAAGUUUAGUGGCAAUGUGUGGGCAUAUCCAGGUCGUGACAGCAACGGAAGUGUGGAUCUUGAGAUCUGUCUUUCACCAACAACCAUGUCCGCACUUGAAUGUGACGAAGAAUUUAUGAACGCAGUUACAAUCAAGGACGCAUUUUAG